UUCACGUCGUCUUCCCCUGUCCCCUCGUCCCGUCCGGCAUUCCCCGCGCCGCUCCCGGCAAUUUUUUUUAGGUUUCUCGCGGAGGUGCCCAGCCGGGCGGAGCUGGAGAGGGAGAUGCUGGGCCUGCAGGAGACGCUGGCUGGCCUGGGCUCUCCCGUGGUGCUCUGCCACAACGACCUGCUCGUCAAGAACAUCAUCUACAACGCGGAGAAAGGCACCGUGCGCUUCAUUGAUUACGAGUACGCGAGCUACAACUACCAGGCCUACGACAUCGGAAACCACUUCAACGAGUUUGCAGGGGUGAGCGACGUCGACUACAGCCUGUACCCCGACAAGGAUCUGCAGCUGCGCUGGCUGCGGGCCUACCUGGAGGCCUACGAGGAGCUCACCAAGAACCCCAGCCGCUCCGUGGGCGACGCGGACGUGCACAGGCUCUACGUCCACGUCAGCAAGUUCUCCCUGGUGUCUCACUACUUCUGGGGCCUGUGGUCCUUGAUCCAAGCAAAGUAUUCCACCAUCGACUUCGACUUCGUGGGCUACGCCAUCGUGCGCUUCACGCAAUACCGGGAGACGAAGCCUCACGUCAUGGCUCUGGAAGCGCCGCUCUAGAAGAUUGUGCCACGCUCUCCCAACCUCGUGACCGCACAACAACCACAGACGCACUCACGCUCGCACAGACACACACUCGCACACACGCGAAAAACCGACCUUGGCACAAAACGCCCAAUCACUUGUAGCGAAAAACACAUUCCCAAAUGGGUCGGGCCCCGUGGUUGCGAACGGAGCAAGGCGAAUAAUUGUCGUUUUGAAAGAACUGCGCUUUCGCCGCUAAAUCAUCCUCGCUCACUCCUUGGCUUCUUCCCCCCCCUCCCUCCGCCCCUUUCGCCGCUGCCCCCCGCCCUGCGGCACACCUCCAUCGUCGUGGUACGGGCGCAGGCUACGUGUGGGUAGGUGUGUGUGGGUAGGUGUGGGUGUGUGUGGGUGGGGGUGGGU